AUGUCUCGUGCAAUUCAGACGAACAAGGGCCUCAACCCCGGUGAAUGGGGCCGAUGGUUUGUGGCCGCUGCCACACGAGACGACAUGAAGACGUUCCUCCGGGGGUUGCAAAAGUACACCAAGAUCAGCAACACAAGAAUAACCGAGGUGAAACCUGUCAAUCUCGCUUGGUGGACUUUUCAAUCGAUCGGCCUCUAUGACUUGUUGGAGCUUGUCAAGCAAAUCUACCAUUUGAACACGUCUUACUACGGCAACAUCGAGGAACUGAACGAGAGCUACGGCAAGAUCCACGUUACAGUCUUGUCUGAUGCUGGGGGGAGAGACUGGCCGAUACUCCCACUCCAGGACGUUUCUCUGGACCAUGACUUUUGA